GUGAAUGGAGUGCUGAGGAGAGAGUGAAUUGUGUGUUGUUUUUAGUGGCAAACAUUGAAUGACUCAAUGAAGUGAUCAUUUCAUAUGACAUUCACAUUGAGUGCUGUUUUUUAGGCAACAAAUUGUUUGCCAUUCAAUCAAACCAUUCAUUGAAUUGUAAAUCAAGUGUUUAUUUGAUAUAUAAAUGCAUUGUUUUCAUAGACCAGACGUAUUGACAGUCAAACUAAACGCUCACUCAUUAUAAACAGGCAUUGAAUUUGUGGUGAAAACUCGGAUCCAGUAUUAAAUCGUUGACCGAAACCAACAAUGAGUUUCCUAUUUGGGAGCCGAUCUAACAAGACGUUUAAGCCGAAGAAGAACAUCCCUGAAGGGACGCAUCAGUACGACCUGAUGAGACAGGCGGCCGCCACUCUCGGCUCCGGGAACUUACGUCUGGCCGUUAUGUUACCCGAAGGCGAAGACCUCAACGAAUGGGUCGCCGUUAACACGGUGGAUUUCUUCAACCAAAUCAAUAUGUUGUUCGGAACCAUCACUGAGUUCUGCACCGAAGACUCGUGUCCACUCAUGUCGGCCGGACCUAAGUAUGAGUACCACUGGGCCGACGGCCAGACCGUGAAGAAGCCCAUCAAGUGUUCGGCGCCUAAAUAUAUCGAUUACCUGAUGACAUGGGUUCAGGACCAGCUCGACGACGAGACACUCUUCCCAUCCAAAAUUGGAGUUCCGUUUCCCAGACAUUUCAAUACGAUAGCGAAGACAAUACUGAAGCGUUUGUUCCGCGUUUACGCCCAUAUAUAUCACCAACACUUCCAAGAAGUGGUCCAAUUGGGAGAGGAGGCGCACCUCAACACGAGUUUCAAGCACUUUAUAUUUUUUGUACAGGAAUUCAAUCUAAUCGACAAACGAGAGUUGGCGCCACUCAACGAACUCAUCGACAAGUUGGCCACCGGUUCCUCCCAUUCGCACCAUUCACUCCAUCACAACACACACACCGCCGCCACUGAGAGCUCGGCCCACAUCUCGUCACUGCCGGCCCGUUGA